AUGCAGACAUCAGAGUCUGGAUCAGACACAGGUUCGACUGUGACUUUACAAGCAUCUGUGGUUGGCCAGGCAGCAGUGCCCACACAGGUUGUACAGCAGGUACCGGUUCAGCAACAGGUACAGCAAGUACAGACUGUGCAACAGGUACAACAUGUCUACCCAGCCCAGGUUCAGUAUGUGGAGGGAAGUGACACAGUCUACACAAAUGGAACAAUUCGAACAACUUAUCCUUACACGGAAACCCAGAUGUAUAGCCAAAACACUGGGGGAAAUUACUUCGAAGGAAGUUCUGCACAGGCAACUACAGUGGUCUCCUCUCAUAGUAUGGUGGGCACCGGAGGGAUUCAGAUGGGUGUUGCAGGAGGACAGCUCAUUAGCAACUCAGGAGGGACCUACCUGAUUGGCAAUUCAAUGGAAAAUUCUGGUCAUUCAGUGACUCAUACAACACGAGCCUCCCCAGCUACAAUUGAGAUGGCGAUUGAGACACUUCAAAAAUCUGAUGGUCUUUCUACUCACAGAAGCUCUCUUCUCAACAGCCAUCUCCAAUGGCUUUUAGACAACUAUGAAACUGCAGAAGGAGUGAGUCUCCCCAGAAGUACCCUUUACAACCAUUACUUACGUCAUUGUCAGGAGCACAAGUUAGAUCCAGUCAAUGCUGCCUCCUUUGGAAAACUCAUACGGUCAAUCUUCAUGGGAUUACGGACCAGAAGACUGGGAACCAGGGGGAACUCUAAAUACCAUUAUUAUGGGAUUCGUGUCAAACCAGAUUCUCCCCUUAAUCGGUUACAAGAGGACAUGCAAUAUAUGGCUAUGAGACAGCAACCCAUGCAGCAGAAACAGAGGUACAAGCCUUUGCAGAAAGUGGAUGGAGUUCCAGAUAGUUUCACAGGAAGUGGUCAACAGACAGGCACAUCUGCUGAACAAACUAUAAUUGCCCAAAGUCAACAUCAUCAACAGUUUUUAGAUGCAUCUCGAGUACUUCCAGAGUUUGGAGAAGUUGAAAUAUCUUCUCUGCCAGAUGGUACUACCCUUGAGGACAUAAAAUCACUGCAAAGUCUUUAUCGAGAACACUGUGAGGCAAUAGUGGAUGUUAUUGUGAAUCUUCAGUUUAGCCUGAUAGAAAAAUUGUGGCAAACUUUCUGGCGCUAUUCUCCCUCUGCUCCAGCUGACGAUGUGGCUAUUAUUGAACUGAGCAAUCUGAGUGAAAUAGAAAGUCGACUUCCAAAAGGAAAACUUAUUACUCUGUGCAAAAAUGAGUCUAUUCUGAAAUGGAUGGGUAACUGUGACCAUGUGAUGUACCAGGCUUUGGUGGAGAUUCUCAUUCCUGAUGUCCUUAGACCUAUUCCUAGUGCCUUGACUCAGGCCAUUCGCAAUUUUGCAAAAAGCCUUGAAGGUUGGCUUUCCAGUGCCAUGAACAAUAUUCCACAGAGAAUGAUACAAAGCAAGGUUGCCACUGUAAGUGCCUUUGCCCAGACUUUGAGAAGAUACACAUCUCUCAAUCACCUGGCUCAGGCAGCUCGGGCUGUGCUUCAGAACACUUCUCAGAUCAACCAGAUGCUCAGUGAUCUCAACCGUGUGGAUUUUGCCAAUGUACAGGAACAGGCUUCCUGGGUGUGUCAGUGUGAUGACAAUAUGGUUCAAAAACUAGAAACAGAUUUCAAGAUGACUCUUCAGCAGCAGAGCACUCUAGAGCAGUGGGCGGCCUGGCUUGAUAAUGUAAUGGUGCAAGCAUUGAAACCAUAUGAAGGAAGACCCAGCUUUCCUAAAGCAGCACGUCAAUUUCUUUUAAAAUGGUCUUUCUACAGCUCAAUGGUGAUUCGAGACUUAACCUUACGCAGUGCUGCUAGCUUUGGCUCUUUUCAUCUGAUCCGCUUGCUUUAUGAUGAGUACAUGUUUUACUUAGUCGAACAUCGUGUUGCUCAGGCAACAGGAGAAACACCUAUCGCAGUUAUGGGAGAGUUUGGUGAUUUAAAUUCUCUAUCCCCUGGAAAUAUGGAUAAAGAUGAGGGCAGUGAAGUUGAAAGUGAACUAGAAGAAGAGAUGGAUGAAAAUGGAGGGCCACAAGCCAAGAGGGAGAAAACAGACUUAAACCAAGCAUUUCAGGUGGGCUGCUUGCAGCAGCCAGCGCUUGAGUGUGGAAUAGAGCAGAGCCUCCUGAACCCAAUUCAUAAUGAGCACAUUGUUACAAAUACUCAGACUAUCAGACAAUGCAGUGCUACUGGAAAUACAUAUACUUCAGUCUAA